CCUGCAUAUCGAUGUCAUCCCCUCCACUUGCGUCACUCAUCCCGCUUCGUCCCGUCACCCCAUCUCCUCAACCUCUCUUUUGUUUCUUGGUCACUUGAUCUGAAAUUAUUCAACCCCGUGACCAAUUUGUCCUGGUCAAUUGAAUUUCGACCUUGAGCAGGAGCUGCUCGCCAACAUAAUGAACUCACCUACCAAUGGCGGGCCCCCGCGAGGAGGCCCCCAGGCCUACCGGCAGACCAUGGAUGAGUGGCGCCAGCAGGCCCUCGCCGACCGAGGCCAGUAUGAGGAGCGCGUCAAGGCCCAGAUCAACCGGAGCUUCCAGGAAUACUCCCCUCCGUGGUAUGCAUCGGCCGUCGGCUUCCGCCGGGACCGAAACCUCCUCGUCGUGACAUCGAGAGUCUCGGGUUUUGCAUCCACUCUGGGCCGGGACCUGGAAGACUCCGAGGCCAAGGCAAUUGCUGAAUACACUCUGACCAAUAUUCACACCAAUGCAGCGCUCAAAUGGGCCACCAUCGGCUUGGCUGCCUACAUGACGUAUCGUGGCCGUCACACCUGGCAAUUUCCCUUCUAUAAGCCCAAGUUGGGCGGCAGGUUCAACCCGAAUGAAGCCACCAGUAUCUUCACAAACAAGAAGAUACGGGGUCCCUACCCGCGUCUCACUUGGCACACACUCCGCUUCACAGCUUAUGCCGCCGUCACGAUGCUCAUGGUAGAGCCUGUCUUCCGUUCCGUCAACUUCGUUCGAACUGAGUCAGCCAUGGCUCGGGAUCCACGCCUCGCUCAAUUCAUCAAGGAAGCUACCACCCGAGUUGAGAAGGUCAUGCUCGAGGGUUCUGCAGGUUCAGGACACACUCAGUCGGGACAAGGGAGGCAGAGUGGCGACGAGAAACCAGAGAGUAGUGACGAGGUCGAUGGGGAUCCAUUCCCAGCCAGGAGGCGCCUCAUGGAGGCGCGUCCGCCAUGGGCGGAUCUUCAAAAGCCAUUGCCUCCUGUACAACCCCAACAGUCCAGCCACGACUGGAGCGUCCUCGACGACGAUGAUGAUGCCUCCCCUGUUGCCGCCACCGCCAAGAAUGCGCGAACCCCCACAACCUCUGGAGGCUCCUCAUGGGAACGCCUCCGAAGCCAGAACCAGUCCGGCCAACAACCACAGCCGCAAGCCGAAUCUCAAGUCCAAGGCGGCUGGCCUAGUGCCAGCAGUCCUCAGUCUCAAUCCCAGUCUGACUCUGGAUGGGGUAGCAACACCAACACAAGCUCCGAGUGGGGUGGGUCCAAAGACAGCUACCCGUACGGCAGUGCGGACGAGGAGACGACCUCAAGCAAGGGACAAGCACAGAGGGAGUUUGAUCAGAUGCUUGAGCGAGAGCGGCAAGGCAAUGACCAGAGCCGACAGUGGGGAGGCCGGUAAAAAGGGAACAGGCCAAGGUGGAGUGUAUCUAAUUGUAUAUCAAUAGGGGCCUCGCAGCUCAUGUCCUAUGUGUAUAGUAUCCAGGGCUAAAGAAAAGAAACUUUCAAGAGUUUACACUGUGCCUUCAAUCACAAAUUGCGGGACUACGCCUACUCGG